AUGGAAGUUGAAGAUGUGCGGCUGGGGGCUGAACUCGAGCGGCUCACGGAGGGAGCCACGUGGUGCCCGGUUUGGCAUCUACAACGACCGCUCUCUCCAACCACGGCCACUGCCGCGCCCCCUCUGCCGUCAUCGACCUACCUCAAGAUGGCCCCGGCUGGCACGCUGGCCGCUGACGUGGCGGUCAUGCAGCUGCUGAAGUCUUGUGACGUACCAGCCCCACACGUGCUCCACUACGCCCAAGGCGGCGAAGGCCAGGCCGACUUCCUGCUCAUCAGCGCACUGGCGGGCGUGCACGGCGCGACCGCUGAGGCCUUGUCUAGGCCCGAGGCGCUGGUGAGGAGCUUCGCCGGCGGCUUGCAAAGCCUUCACGGCCAGCACUCGACGGCCCUCUUGCGCAGUGCUGAAGACCUGGGCGCCAAGUUCGACAGGCGGGUGGCGGUGCGAGUGGCCCGGGUGGAGCGGAGGCUGCGUGUGGGCGAGGUGCCCGGCCACGCAGAGCGGCUGGAGGCCAUUCUAGCCCAUGUCGCAAAACCGCCGCCCAACGUCGAAUCCGAUCUGGUGUUCACCCACGGCGACUACUGCCUGCCGAACGUCAUCUUCCAGAUCCUCAACAAUCAGGCCGGUGAAACCGAGGCGGAGCUGCGAGUGGUCGGCUUCGUGGACCUGGGCUCGGCUGGCGUGGCCGAUCGAUACGUGGACCUGGCCAGCGCCGUGUGGAGCCUCAGAUUCAACGGGUUGGAGAAACACGUCCCUGCCUUUCUGCAGUGCUACACCGCCAGGUCCGAGUUGUCGGGUCACAAGAUCACCAUCAACCAGGACAAGCUCGACUGGUACAUCAACAUGUUCACCCUGACCUGA